AUCUAUUAUUCGAGCUCGUUUUUCUUUUCUUUUUUUCUUUUUACUGUCAGAGUGUAUGUUUUUUUUCCCUCUUUAUUUUAGGAGGAGGGGUGGGACGCUUAACUUUCACCAGUCGGAGUAGGUUCAAAGUUCCAAAAUGAGGGCGUGUUCUAACAUGAAGAGUCUCGACCCUCUGGGCUAGGGAGAAACCCUGUUGCUGUAGUAGAAGAGUUUCAGUGCCUCUUGCAAACCGGAGGGUGUGGGAUAGCCAGUUAAAGUUGUGUUGUAGCAAAUCUGUUUUCUCAAGUAAAAAAACAAAAAACAAAGUGGGUUGACAUUUCAGUGAAGGCGGACAAGUAAACCAUGUCGGAGGCAAGAAAUACUAAUCACGGCAAGGGACGUUCGAACGCCCGACAACAACAACCUCCAAGACGACCGGUAACAGCAGAGAAUGUACCACAGCAGGCAGUGGAGGGUAUAGGACGUGGAGCAGUCCGAACAAGUGAUCCAGCUGGCAAUGCAGGUGCGAGGUCAACAAGUGGAGGGGAUGCAGCUGCAACCUCGCCUUUGGGUGAAAGAGACCAAAGAUCCUUCGGGCGAGGUAUUAGCCGUGCACUUGUCACACGACCCACCUCUGCUACGUUCAACAAAGCAGGAUCUGGUGGAGCGCCCAUCAAUGUUCGAUCAAAUUACUUUCAGUUGAUCGAAAGACCCGACAUGCAUCUGUUGCAAUAUCGUGUCGAUUUCACGCCAGAAGUUGAUCACCCUGGCGUGAAAAAGGCUCUUAUUCGAGUCCACGAGCAAACGCUCGGAAAAUACAUUUUCGACGGCACCCUUCUCUACAAUACGACCCGUCUGGCACAACCGCUGGAAUUGGCUUCGAGACGAAUUUCCGAUGGAAGUGACGUCAAAAUCACUUUCAGACUUGUCGGAGAAAUUCAAAAAGACGAUCCUGUUUACAGUGCUGUGAUGAACUUAAUUCUACGCCGUUGCAUGGCCAUGCUCAAUUUGGUGAUGAUUAGAAGAAAUUAUUACGAUGCCAUAGCUCGGGAAGACGUUGUGGGCUAUCCUAUAACGAUUUGGCCGGGAUAUUUGACGGCUAUUCAACAUCACGAAAAAGAAUAUCUUUUAAAUGUCGAAAUUGUCCACAAGUUCCUUCGCAGAGACACGGCCUUGGACGUCAUGGACAAAAUUCGUCGAGAUACCAGGGACGAUUUGCAAGCUCGCAUCAAGGCUGAACUGGUUGGCAAAAUUGUCAUGACGGGCUACAACAACAAAACGUACAGAAUUGACGAUGUGGAUUUCGAGAAAAACGCAUCGUCCACUUUCCAUUUACGCAAAGAAGAUCGUGACGUCACGUACGUCGCCUAUUACCGAGAUCGAUAUCAACAAACAAUUAAGGUGACUACGCAGCCGAUGCUCGUGUCACGACCAUCACGUCGUGACGUUAAUCGUGGCGAUGAUCAGCCAAUUUACCUCGUCCCAGAAUUGUGUGGAAUGACGGGAUUAUCCGAAGAGCAACGGAACAAUUUUAAUCUGACGCGAGCCGUUGCGAAUAUCACGCGGGUCGCGCCCGAUAGGCGAGUGACAACUUUGAUGAAAUUUCGACGCCGUUUGGCUGAAACUCCAGAGAUUCAACGAGAACUCAACAGCUGGGGACUUCAAUUCGAAAAUGAUCUCAUUUCUUGCAAAGGCAGAAUUUUACCACCACGAGCUCUUUUGACGGGCGGAAAUCGCAGGAUUGAAGUUCGAGAUGGCGAUUGGAGUCGCAGCAUGCACAAUACAAAAAUGCAAGUGUCUGUCGAGUUGACUGAAUGGAUCGUCAUCCACCCUAAUCACAUGAGCCAAAAAGUCAGAUCGUUUGUUCAACUGAUUCAAAAAGUCGGUGGUCCUCAAGGCUUUAAAGUACCAGAACCUCAUUACGUCGCUCUACAGGCUGAUCGAACAGGCAAUUACGUCACUGCAUUGCAGGAGGAAUUGACGCGCAAAACAUACGACGUCGUUAUGUGCGUUUUGGCCAAUAAUCGACACGAUACAUACUCAUCUAUCAAAAAGAUUACGCUUUGCCAAUUGGGCAUUGCUUCACAAGUAAUCACAGGAAGAAUUCUUCAAGGAGAUGAACGCAAACAAAUGUCAGUUGCCACUAAAGUAAUGACACAAAUAGCAUGCAAAUUAGGAGCUGAACCCUGGAGAGUGGACGUACCGAACAAGCCAUGGAUGAUUGCAGGUUACGACACUUAUCACGACGCUCGAGCAACAACGGCAGUCGGCGCUUUCGUAGCCUCUCUCAAUUCCAGUUAUACCCGUUACAAUUCGUCGGUGAAAAUCCAUUCGGCCAAUGAAGAGAUCUCGCCGAGUUUCCAAGAUCACAUGCUCACCGCUUUAAAGGCCUACUUUUUCAGGAACAAGGAUUUACCCGAAAAUAUCAUCGUCUAUCGUGACGGUGUAGGAGCAGGAGAUAUUGCACGAGUUAUGGAAACUGAAGUCGCUGCGAUCAAGACUGCCUGCCUUCAAGCGGGCGAUAAAGUGAAGGGAGGCAAUUAUCGACCGGGCAUUUCUUUCGUGAUUGUCAGUAAACGAAUAAACACGCGUUUCUUCGCCGAUAAAAGCGGGACGCCAGACAAUCCACCGUGUGGAACCGUAGUCGACAAUACGGUGACACUCGGCGAACGAUUUGAUUUUUUCUUGAUCUCGCAAAAAGUCAAUCAAGGGACAGUAUCGCCAACAAGUUUUAACGUCAUCCAUAAUUCAUCAAAUCUUCCUCCUAGCGCUCAUCAAUCCAUGGCUUAUGCUCUCACGCAAGUCUAUUACAACUGGGCGGGUACGUUACGCGUUCCAGCACCGGUGCAAUACGCGCAUAAAUUGGCGUACCUGGUAGGUGAGAGCGUUAAGAAUAUUCCACGUGAUGAUUUGGCUAAAUUUCCCUAUUACCUUUAAAUUUUCAUUUUUAUUUUAUUUUUUUAAGUACUGUGUGAAGAGAAUUUUCUUGCAACACGAGUUUUAAUCAUGACAUAUUUUUUUAACAUCAUUUUCCCUUAACUGUUUGACUACCACCGAUGAAACAUUUGACAAUACACUUUGAUAGAAUUA